AUGGGCAAAAUCAACCUCACCGCGCUACGGGUGCGCCAGACCGCGCUCAACCAAUUCGCCAGUGGAAAGAUCAACAAGCUGCCCCAAUGGGUCGAUGUGGUUGGCGAGAUCCCUCCCUCAGAAACUCUCAUUCGCAACCGUCCCCCUCAACAUCAGCUGGUCCGACAACGGAUGAAGACCGUUACGGGAUCGUCAAACCCACAGGUCGUCUUCGAGGUACAGGAGAAGCGCCGGAAGUCGAAGAAGUCAAGCCGCUUGUUCCAGCCACUAGAGCUUAAGUAUGAGGAGGAUGAGCUGCGUCAGAAUUUCUUCCGCGACCACCCCUGGGAGCUGGCCCGGCCUCGUGUGCUCCUUGAGAGCUCUGGCAAAGAUCACGAGAACUACGACUGGAGCCGCCUCAAGCAGCCUGGCAAGAGGCUCGAUGGUGAAAGUGUUGUCCAACGGCAGCUUUGGCUCCUGAACAAUGUGCCCGACAUGACUAAGAGCUCUGCAUAUGAUAUUGCACGUCGAGAAUUUUACCGUCUACGAUUGCAGGAGGACAUCGAGCGACGGGUCGCUGCCGAAGAGGCCCAGGCCACUGGCGCCAACUUUGGCUCGUCGUACUUGGAGAUUGGUAUGGAUUUGGAGAACCAGCAGUACGAGAAGUGGAAGGCCUGGGCUCGGACAGAGGCUCAGGUGUUCGAGCAGCGGACAGCAGCGCUCUCCGGGGCGCCCGAGGUUGCGCUUGAGCAGCAAGGCCAGGAGGAGAGCUUUACCGAGCAGCCUGGGAGUGCGCUGGCUUAG